CCUACCAUUUAUCUGGUACCCAGUUUAAAAAUCAAAAAGUGUACCAGACUAAUAUGAAAUUUAGUUUGUUUACAUUUAUAAGCACUCACUCAUGAAUGCCUUGAACUUUAUCAAUAAUUAAUGAUUUCGCCUGAUAUGUAGUUAUUGACUUCAAAAUGUAGAUGGCUGAACAUUCCAUGCACACAACAGUAUAAGGCUAAUUCCAAACAAAUUCCUUCACCAUGCUAGAUGUUAGUAAAUGGCCAAUGUUUAGUGUGCUAGAUCAAAGUGAAGUUCAGGCUAUAAAGAAAAUCUGUGUGUUUGGUAGUUCUGGAAAUGAAGCUGUUUAUAUCAAUGAAGAUGAUGAUGUAUAUGCUAUUGGAUCUAACUGUAGUAGCUGUCUUGGUCUAGGAGAUUCACACAGCAGUUUUGAACCCAGAAAAAUUGAAGUUUUAUGUAAGAAGAAAAUCAUAGACAUUGCCUUUGGAAGUGGUCCUCAUGUUUUAGCAGUUUCAAGUGAUGGUGAGAUAUAUAGUUGGGGACACAAUGGGUACUGUCAACUGGGUAAUGGAGGUUCAACACAGGGACUGAGCCCUUCAUUGAUUAAUACUAAUGUCCUUGGGAAGAAAGUGACAAAGGUGGCGUGUGGCAGUCAUCAUUCUAUGGCUUUAACACAGGAUGGUGAGAUAUAUGCUUGGGGACAGAAUAAUUGUGGACAGGUUGGAUCAGGAACAACAACUAAUCAACCUACACCGAAAAAAGUCAUGGCCGUCAUAGGUUCUAAAAUGGCCAUUUCUAUAGCUUGUGGACAGACUUCAUCAAUGUGUUUAAUGGAAAAUGGUGAGGUAUAUGGCUGGGGCUAUAAUGGGAAUGGACAACUAGGACUGGGUAAUAAUGUCAAUCAACCAAAUCCUUGUAGAGUACAACAGCUUCAAGGAAUUAUAAUAAGUCAGCUUGUGUGUGGCUAUGCUCAUACACUGGCAUUGUCAGAUGAAGGAACAUUAUACACUUGGGGAGCUAAUUCUUAUGGUCAGUUGGGAACAGGGAACAAAGCUAAUCAAGUAUCACCUAUAAAAGUUAUGGCCAAUGAGAGGGUAGUUGAGAUCGCUGCCAGUCAUUAUGCCCAUAUAUCAGCAGCCAUGACAGAAACAGGUCAAGUUUACAUGUGGGGGCAGUGCAGAGGACAGUCGAUAACAUCAUUAUACCCAACCAAAUUCUCCAGUACUGAUGAAGUGUUUGCCUCUUUCUCAUCACCUCCUGUUACAUGGAGAACUUAUUCCAUAGAUAACCCUGAUCUAUGUGAUCGACAGAAAGGUGCUAGUGUAUUAGAUGAUAUUACCAGAUCAUUUGAUGACCCAGUGACUAGUGAUUUAAAGUUUUCAGUAGAAGGAAGGUUAAUUCAUGUACACAAAUCAAUCCUUAAAAUAAGAUGUGAUCAUUUCAGUUCAAUGUUUCAAUCUUGCUGGGAAGAAGAUGAAAAACAAGUUAUAGAAAUUAGUCAGUAUACUUAUACAGUAUACAAGGCUUUCCUUAGAUAUCUAUAUACAGACAGAGUAGACCUGAAACCUGAGGAAGCAAUAGGUUUGUUGGAUUUAGCCAAUGCCUACUGUGAACCAAUAUUGAAGAAAAUGUGUGAACAAAUCAUCAAGAAAGGGAUGACAACAGAUAAUGUAGCAAUGUUGUAUGCAGCUGCUAUUAAAUUUGAAGCUAAGGAAUUGGAAGAUUUUUGUUUCCGCUUUGCCCUGAAUCAUAUGACUGCUGUAACACAAACUGAAGCAUUUAGUCAGCUGGAGGAAUGUAUUCUCAAAGAGUUCAUUAGAAAAGCAGCAUUAUCAGGAGCUUUUAGAAACUGACCAUAAUCAAAAUGAGGUGUGGAUUCAGAUUAGAGCAUUUUUUUGGGUAAAAAUAUAGUCCUUUAGGAGUGCCCUCCUAUUAAACAUAAAAU